CCCAGCACAAUGCGUGUCAGAGAUCUGUCUGUGCGACACAAGAGUAGAUGUGUGCUCCUAAUCUAGUUUAUCACUGAACUGCGAGAGAGAGAGAUUCGACAAAACACGACUCACACCACAACCUCAGUCAACGCGAGGAUUUCCAAGUGUGGGAUAAAAUGCCGGCGAUUAUAGGUAAAAAUUCCGACAUGGAGUUCGACUCUCUACAACCCUGCUUCUACCCGGGCGAGGAUGACUUCUAUUUCUGCGGUCCCGACUCUGCGCCACCCGGAGAGGACAUCUGGAAGAAAUUCGAGUUGCUGCCCACGCCGCCCCUUUCCCCGAGCCGAGCGGCGCUACCGGGGGAGCUGGCCUUCGCGUCCGGGGGAGACAGAGGCGAUUCGGAAGCAGGUCCCAUGGGUUUUGGAUUAGGCGACCCGCUGGGCUGCGACUGGGCUUCAGAGCUCCUGUUCCUUCCCGAAGACGAUAUUUGGGGCGCGUCGGACGGAGACCUGUUCGGCGGCUGCUCCGCUUUGGAUAGUAACCCCAACUCCAUUAUCAUUCAGGACUGUAUGUGGAGCGGUUUCUCGGCCAGGGAAAAGCUCCAGAGGGUGGUCACAGAAAAGCUAGGCAAAGCCAUCUCCACCGCGGCUGCCUGUGGAGUUAGUAAAAAUGUCACUACCGCCGCGGCCAUCACAACCAAGGCGCCGGAGCUGAGUGUGGACCCCACGAUAGUCUUCCCUUUCCCCAUCAACAAAAGAAACGGUAGCAGCAGCAGAUGUCCACCUGGGACGGCCCCCGCCACUACUGCCCACUGUAGCGCAGAGGAAACUCCGAGCGACUCCGAAGAAGAUGAUGAAGAUGAUGAUGAAGAUGAGGAGGAAGAUGAGGAGGAGGACGAUGACGACUCAGACGGCGAAGAGAUCGAUGUGGUCACUGUGGAGAAGCGGCGUGGCUUGUCGCCAAUGGCGACUGGCACGGUCACCAUCUCGGUGCGGUCGAAGACGGGCACCACUUCUGGGGCUGUGGUCUCAUCUGGUGUCGUGAGCCGAUUCGUCAGCAACCGGGGGUCAGCGGGGUCAAACUGUCAUGGGCAGGAGUUGAUCCUCAAGCGGAGCUCAGUCCACCAGCAGCAGCACAACUACGCCGCUCCCUCGCCGUACGCCUCUGACGACGACCACGCGCCCCCCUCCAAGAAACACAAGUCAUCUAACGCUCCUCGUCAAUACUCCCGUGCCACCUCUUCAUCAUCAUCGCCAUCAUCCUCGACAUUCUGCGGCUCCCUGGCUGUGCCAUCAUCAACAAUGCCGGGUUCUAGAUCCAAACGCCACGUCAGCGGUGCCAGUAGCCCGCGCGGCGGCUCCUCCGACUCCGAAGAUUCCGAACGCCGGCGAAACCACAACAUCCUGGAACGCCAGCGGCGCAACGACCUGCGCUCGAGUUUCCUUGCGCUCCGCGAUCAUGUGCCCGAACUGGCGAGGAACGAGAAGGCGGCCAAGGUGCUGAUCUUGAAGAAAGCGGCGGAGUAUGUGUCGUCGUUGGAGACAGAUGAACUGCGGCUGACUCAGGAGAAGGACAGGCUGCAGGCACGGAGGCAACAGCUGAUGAAGCGACUCGAGCAGGCCAGGACAUGCUAAGACUUUAUAGUGGCACACACACACACACACACACACACACACACACACACACACACACACACACACACACACACACACACACACACACACACACACACACACACACACACACAGAGAGAGAGAGACAUAGACACACACAUAUAUAAAACAAGCUUUUCUUAAAACUGCAUUGUUGGUUAUAGGGCUUGUAAGUAAGCAUUCCACUGUAAGGUUGUAUUCGGCGCAUGUAACAAAUAAAAUUUGAUUUGAUAUAUACACAUGGACAUAGACACACACACACACACACACACACACACACACACACACACACACACACACACACACACACACACACACACACACACACAUAUACACUCAGACACACCCAGAUGACCCCCCUCGCUUUGUCUCAACUUAUAUACAUGUAUACACACACACACAAACACGUGAGCGACAAAUGACGGGGUGGACGGGACAUUCACUGACGCCACUUUUUUUGCACAUUUGUUGACGUUAAGAAUGUUUAGGGUUCUACGUUUUUCAAUCCGGUCACAUUGAGAAGAAGGAAAGAAGAGAAUAGAAGGAGGAGAAGGGAAGAAGAGAGGGAGCACGCUCCUCUUGGGCCUCUCUCUAUUUCUUGUUGUUUCUUGUUGUACUCAAUGUGACACUUAUAGCCCUAACCCAAACCAGGUGACUUUCAAAGGGGUCUUGUUCAUGAGGGCACAUCGUGGCAAAAUGUUUUGCAACGGAAAGUGAAAAUAAGCAUUUCUCAAUGGACACGAUCAGGUAUUCCCUCUCUGUUUCAUUCCAUUUUGCUCCAUUGUGUGCCUAAUGAAUACACACUGGGCAUAGCGUCAGUUGGUUGGAGAGUUCAAAGUUCACACUUAGUAGCAGAAAAUGCUUUCUACGCCUUCACAGCUGCAAACAGAAGACACCUGUACACCAGGAAACCGUGGUAUAAUGUGCACCUUGCUAGCCGACACUUUUGUAAAUAACAGUACUGUAAAUAACAGACAAAUACACUCAGAAUCUGCCUUGUUUUAUAUACAUUUUUAUCUUUGAGUUUUUAUACAUUUUAUGUCCAAAAGCUGCCAAUAACUAGACUGGAAACUUUAUUAAAAAAGUACUGCAAUGCCUCGAGGGCAACGAAACUUUGUAAUAUAAAACGUCUCCCACCCCCCUGCUUUGUAUUGUACCAUGAUUCUAAUUCUACACCUUUAUGACCCUUUUGUGUGACUGUGAUACAUACUACAUUUGAUAGUUAUAUUUUCGUACGGAAAAUGAGUUUUCGGUAGAUAUCUCUUUAUCUCAUCCUUCUUUUCUUCCUCUCUCUUUCUCUGUUCUACCACCUUUUCUUCCUCUCUCUUUCUCUGUUCUACCACCUUUUCUUCCUCUCUCUAUCUCUGCUCUACCACCUUUUCUUCCUCUCUCUAUCUCUGUUGUACCACCUUUUCUUCCUCUCUCUAUCUCUGUUCUACCACCUUUUUUCCUCUCUCUAGCUCUGUUCUACCACCUUUUCUUCCUCUCUCUAUCUCUGUUCUACCACCUUUUCUUCCUCUCUCUAUCUCUGUUCUACCACCUUUUCUUCCUCUCUCUAUCUCUGUUGUACCACCUUUUCUUCCUCUCUCUAUCUCUGUUCUACCACCUUUUUUUCCUCUCUCUAGCUCUGUUCUACCACCUUUUCUUCCUCUCUCUAUCUCUGUUCUACCACCUUUUCUUCCUCUCUCUAUCUCUGUUCUACCACCUUUUCUUCCUCUAUCUAUCUCUGUUCUACCACCUUUUCUUCCUCUAUCUCUGUUCUACCACCUUUUCUUCCUCUCUAUCUCUGUUCUACCACCUUUUCUUCCUCUCUCUAUCUCUGUUCUACCACCUUUUUUUCCUCUCUCUAGCUCUGUUCUACCACCUUUUCUUCCUCUCUCUAUCUCUGUUCUACCAUCUUUUCUUUCUUUUUUUUACUCUCCAUUUGUUUAAAUAUUUGUAACUGUCUGGUGCAUAGACCUUUCUGGGUGAACGGAUAUAAGAUGUUUUUUUUUUCUUCAUUCAUAUAAUUUACAUGUAGUGCUCCAACUCAGCACUUUGAAAUACCUCAUUUUGACAAAUAAAUAGACAUUGAAAAUUAA